GAUAGCUGUAUCUCACAGACUAGAAGCACAUCACUUCUGGUAUCCAACCUAAAGCAUUUAAAUUAUAUCAGACGUAAGAAAAGGACUAAUUAUACAGCUUUUUGAUGGAGAAAAGGGAAAUAUAUGCUCCUGGAUUUCAGAAAAAAUUAAAAAGAAAGAAUGCACAUAUUAUGUGGAAAAUUUAAAAAACUGCUGACCCAGGAAAGCCUACAUGCAUGUGUGGAUAUUCCAAAGAACAGCACAUGGACUACACGACUACACGACCACAACCUUUCCUAAGCAAAGAGACAUGGAAUCCUAGAGAACAUAUAAAGGAGAUGCCCACAGAUGCUUUUGGAGAUAUAAGCUUCACUGGCCUGAGUCCAAGAUCUAGAAAGAAGUAUGUGAGAGUGUCUUCUGAUACUCCAUCCAGUGUCCUCUACCAGUUGAUGACUGAGCAAUGGGGUCUUGAAGUUCCCAAUCUUUUAAUAUCAGUAACAGGUGGGGCCAAG